UACCCGCAGUAUUUUGCUUUCCAUGUUUAGGUGGGGGUGGGCGUGAUAGAAGUAUUUUUUUUAAUCUUCCUCAUAAGCCGUGACUGUUGAAGCUGUGUUUCCGUUGAGCAUGUCGGAAGUUUCGAGAGGCAGAAAAUGACCAUCAAACCCCGCAGUGCAUUUCUUCCCGAGAAUACGCUUUCCCCCGCCCAGCCUGAAACCUCGCCGUCCGCUGAAAGUAUACAGCUCCUCCCGCAUGACUGGCUCUUGCACAGCAGACUUUCCACUGCAUCCAGCCUUCUUUCUCCCACAGACGCUCCAUGACUUGAGUAAAGUGAUUUUUUCCCUCGUUUCUCUGACAACCACAGCGGAGCCAUUGGUGCUAACAAUCAGCAAACUAGCUCUUUAUCCUGGAUGGCUGCGGUAACUCUUGUUUUCAUUUAGAUUAGUGGCAUUGAUACUCAUUCUUUGUGUAUCAUUGUACAUUCCCCUACUCCCCUGGUUUUCAUACGGUUAUUUGCGGAGCCGCUGUGAUCCUAUUUUGUCAUUUAUGUGGUCGUGACCGAGAAGACAAAUCGAAGGCAAUGAAGUGCUGUUUGGAAAUUAUCAUACCGACUAACAAUGUGGUGGAAAUAAUAAUGAAGACAAUUCAUGUCAAGAUGUCCCUGCAAUGCUUUACGUCCAGUUGCAACGGAUUUUCAUUACUAAAGAAUUUGAUCCAUCUCCCUGUUGAAAUGUGAAAUGUUAAAUAACAGUCAUUUUCCACCAAGAAGUGAAUUUGAGGCACAUUUCACAAAAUGAUGGAAUGUAAUAGCACUGUUUUGCAGAGCUGUACCCCUGAAGUUUUGAAUGAAACAAGUCCAAUGGUGAUUUCAGGCAAGCCAAAUCUUCCCAUCAUUAUAAGGCUAUUACUAGCAAUAGUUAUGAUGUCAAUGAUUGCAGUUGGUUUCCUUGGCAAUGCAGUUGUGUGUUUAAUUGUGUACCAGAAACCUGCAAUGCGCUCAGCAAUCAAUCUGCUUUUAGCAACCCUUGCAUUUUCAGACAUCAUGCUGUCUUUGAUGUGCAUGCCUUUUACCAUGGUCACCAUCAUAACUGUUGAGUGGAUCUUCGGAAGUUAUUUUUGCCGGAUAUCUGCGAUGCUUUACUGGUUUUUUGUUUUGGAAGGCGUAGCAAUACUUAUGAUAAUCAGUGUUGAUCGUUACUUAAUCAUUGUGCAACGGCAAGACAAGCUGAAUCCUCAUCGUGCCAAAAUAAUGAUCGUUAUCUCAUGGGCAGUUUCCUUUUGUAUUUCAUUUCCAUCAGUGAUUGGCUGGACCCUGGUGGAAGUGCCUACUCGAGCACCCCAGUGUGUUCUGGGAUACACAGCCACUGAGGCUGACCGUAUUUAUGCGGUGGUCUUGCUGGUUACUAUUUUUUUCAUUCCUUUCAGUGUGAUGCUAUACUCUUACCUCUGCAUUCUGAAUACAGUGCGAAGGAAUUCUGUACGGAUCCACAACCAUGCAGAAAGCCUCUGCUUGAGCCAAGUCAGCAAGCUAGGAUUAAUGGGCUUGCAACGCCCUCAUCAAAUUAACAUUGAUAUGAGCUUUAAAACCCGAGCCUUCACGACUAUUUUAAUUCUCUUCAUUGGCUUUUCCUUUUGCUGGUUGCCAUACACCGUAUACAGUUUACUCUCUGUUUUCAGUGAGAGCUUUUACCACGGUCGCUCCUUCUAUACUGUUAGCAUCUGGGUCUUGUGGCUCACUUACCUGAAGUCAGUCUUCAAUCCUAUCAUCUACUGCUGGCGAAUUAAGAAAUUUCGGGAGUCCUGUAUGGAAUUCAUGCCUAAAACAUUUAAAAUUUUACCAAAGCAGCCUGGAAGAUCAAGACGGAGAAUUCGGCCCAGUACAGUCUAUGCUUGCAGUGAGCAUCAGUCAACUGUAUAAAUUAAAAUGUUUGUUCAAAUGCAUUUUCAAACAGCCAUAAACAGAGCAUUUUGGGGCAAUGUGAACUUAUCAUUCAUUCUGUGAAACUGGUCUGCUUUUACAAAGACCGGUUGCUGCCAUAAUGAAUUUGUUAAUAUUACAGACAGGUUUAUUACAUAUAAAAUGGUUGCAUUAU